CUAAACUAAAUGAUAAAAGUUUGAAAGAAAAAAGUUACUGGAUGUUUAUUAUAAAAGGAAUAUUUGAAAAAUAAUGAAAAAUUCGAGGAAAAAUUGAAAAAGGGGUUUAAAAGGAAAAUAUUCAGUGGAAGUGGAAGCUCCGCACUGACCUUAAAAAUGUCAAAAUAUCUGGAUUGCUCUGUGGAGAAAAUGCUAAUGAAUCGAAAAUGGGUGGACGCGCUAGCUAUAUUCGUGAAAUUUUCAUCUUAUUUUGCCUCCAAGUAUCAAUUGCUCUCUGUUUUAACCUGACAAUUCUCCACACAAACGAUAUACAUGGUAGAUUUGAGGAGACAGAUAAACGUGGCUUUACAUGUCACUCAAACAAGGAAGCAUGUUUUGGCGGGGUUGCUAGAAUAGCGACAGCUGUGAAAGAAGUUAGGAACAAAGAUGAAAAUGUCGUUUUUGUUGAUGGCGCGGAUAGAUUCACUGGAACAAUCUGGAGCGAGGUUUACAAAGGGAAUGCAUCAAAGGUGUUUUUCAAUGAACUCAAUUAUACUGCCAUUGUGAGUAUAAAAUAUAUUAAACAUAUUAAGUUGCAAUAUGCCCUGAUGCUAUCUGUUGUUUUACUUUUACUGUGUCAAACACCAAAUGAUUUUCAUUCUCAUUUCCUUUCUCCAGACUUUGGGAAAUCAUGAUUUUGACUAUGGUGUGAAAACUCUACUUGGUUUUCUUGAAGAAAUCAAAUGUCCUGUGGUUGUCUCGAACAUGGAUACAAGCAAAGAACCUCUAUGGCCAGAUGCCACGCAACUUGUCAGAACUACUGUGAUUGUUGACGUGAAUGGAGAGAAAAUUGGCUUUGUUGGUUAUAUUUUGCCUCAAACAUCCAGGUAUAAAAUUAUUCAUACAAGUAUUUCUGCAAAAAUCUCACAACUUGUCAACAAGAUGUGUUUGCCACAGGCUUGUGUAGCAUGUUUGUCAACAAGUUGUAACAAUGGUGUUAUUUUAUCAAAUUGCUACAAGGUUGUCACUCGCAACUUGUUGAAUUGCAGGACAAUAACAAGUUCUUGGAACAACUUGUAACAGCUCAACAACCUUGUAGCAAGUUGUCAACAAGUCAUUGACAACUUGUCAACAAGAUGUGUUUGCCACAGGCUUGUGUAGCAAGUUUGUCAACAAGUUGUAACAAUGGUGUUAUUUUAUCAAAUUGCUACAAGGUUGUCAUUCACAACUUGUUGAAUUGCAGGACAAUAACAAGUUCUUGGAACAACUUGUAACAGCUCAACAACCUUGUAGCAAGUUGUCAACAAGUCAUUGACAACUUGUCAACAAGCUGGGAACAAGCAGUGGGAACACAUCCUGUUAACAAGUUGUUGGAACAGCAUUGCUACAAGUCUGUUUUGCCAAACAAAAAUUCUUGCAUGAAGCUGAAAAUCCCCCCCCCCCAUCAGCCCAUGACUUUUCUAAUGUUUAGCUUCUUAGUACUAAUACUGAAUAAGAUCAUAAAGUCUUCAUCAUUGCUGCAAUAUAUACUUUAGGACAUCAAAUCCAGGUGAGAAUAUUAAGUUUCUCCCAAUAAUCACCUCGGUGCAGAAUGCUGUCAAAGAAUUGGAAUCGAAGGGAAUAAACAAAAUUAUAGCUGUUGGACAUGCUGGCUAUAAUGUCGAUACAAAAAUUGCUAAGAAAGUUGUUGGAGUAGAUGUUGUUGUGGGUGGACAUUCUAAUACUUUUCUUUAUUCUGGUGAGUUCACUAAUUCAAUGGUUACUGGACUCUGGACAAACUUGGAUUACCAUAAUGAAUUUGGUAAUUGCUUAUUCUUUUCAAUUACUGCAGGUAAGCCACCUUCAGAUGACAAACGCAAAGGACCCUACCCCUAUAUUGUCCAUCCAGAUCAUAACAUGUCCCUCAGUGUUCCAGUUGUCCAGGCAUACUAUUACACCAAGUAUUUAGGGAAGCUCCAAGUCAUGUUCAAUGAUUUGGGAGAAGUGACAGGUUGGUCUGGAAAUCCUGUCUUAUUGAACUCUGCAGUGGCGAAGGAUCAGCAUGUCUAUGGUAUUGUCAAAAAGAUGAAAAAACUGGUUGAUGAAAGAGGAAAUGUAUGUUAACUCAUAAAGUUUCAUUGUGCCCCAAUGCCCGCAACUUUGUUAUUUGACUUUGUCUGUAGACUACGACAUAAUCUGAGUGUGUAAUGUCUGGCCCUCAUUUCUGCUCACAAGUGUCUGUGAUGCAGGCUACUCUGUCUAAUGCCAGAUGAUUUUACACAUCAAGGAGAGAGUGCUGGAGCUCAAGGGGCUAACAGAAUGUAUGGGCAGAUUAACCCAUUGAGUGGUAGCUCUCUCCUCUUGACGAGCAAAUGGUCUGGCAAGUGCGUAUUUUAGGAAUUAAACCCUGCUCUAGAGGUGAAAACAGACGUGAAUGAUUUACUACUCUGUGAUUAAAACCCAAUCUUGUACCCAGGCUCUUUCCUUUUGGGGAAGACUCUGGGUACAAGUUGAUCAAAACCUUUUGUAUAAACAUCUUAAUUCUUUUUUAAUUUUUUUUUUAUUUUUCUAAUUUGUAUAAUUAUAUGAUUUGUAGGAGAAGAUUGGCCAAGUAAAAGUACAGCUUACUGCAAUGAACUGUGAUACUGAACCGUGUUUUCUUGGUGAACUAAUCACAUCUGCUAUGGUGUAUCAUUUUCGAUCUUAUAAUGCCAGUAUAUCACUUUUCCAUGGUAGUAAUCUUAGAACUUUGCCAACUGAUGGACAAGGUAUUAGAAAUUUCACACUUUCUUCCUGUAGUAACACCUGGAUUUUGACUGAUCAUCACUACACCUCUGGGAAGAACAGUUUAAAAUUGCGAGAGCCAUCCAAAGCAUUCAGCAUUAUUAUUAUUAUUAUUAUUAUUAUUAUUAUUAUUGAAUUCGUCACAAAUGUUUAAACUGACACUCGCAUACAUAACAUGUUACAAGAAAAUGUACGUACAUGACUGGGAUGAGGAACUGGUCUAGAAGUACUUGAGUAUUUUUAUAUCAGUGUGAGGAACAGGAUUUUCGUCCCAAUGGACCUAUUCCCUAAUGAACAAAAUUUUGAUCAAGACAAGUCUAGACAAAAAUUUCAUCAAAGCUUGAAAGAGCAUUACAAAAUUAGUAAGGGACCGGUCAUUAUUUAUGGUGGGGGGUGGCACCGAAGAGAAAUGUUUUUCGUGGUAAAAAUUUUGCUGACCCAACCAUUAAAAAGCAAAAAAUUUGAUUACCCAACCUCAAGUAUCAAUUAAAAAAUAAUACCCACCCCUGGCCAAAACCUUUACAACAGAAUACCAUUUAGUUGUCACACAUGUCCUUUACCACUUCUGUGACACAAGUUUGAUAACUAAACUUUCAUGUUAUAUGUACAUGCACUUUCUUUGGAGACACCAUUUGUCUCCCAACAAAUCGGAAAAUGAUCAAGAUAGUGACUCUGAUUGAUUCACAUAUUGUAUUGACAUAUGACUGUUGACAGUGCUUUUCAGUCUCCAAUAUUUAAGUGAGUCAUGCUUUGGAAAUGACAAUAACUUUUUAUUACCCAACCCUUGAGUUGUUUUGUUUUUCAUUUACCCAACCUUUUAGUUACUCAAAAUUUUGUUUACCCAACCCUUUUCUCUUCGGUGCCACCCCCCGCCAUAAAUAAUGACCGCUCCCUAAUAUUCCAAAGUUUCGUUGCGAAAUGUUGUAAAAUGCGGAUAAUAUAGCCUUGCGAAGUUUGCCGUUUUUCAGUCAUUUUAUAUUAUUACGCACAGGAAAUUGAUACCGCUUUUUGAAAAAAGGUAUCAAUUUCCCGCGCGUAAUACAAAAUGACUGAAAAACGGCAAACUUCGCAGAGCUAUAUUAUUCGCAUUUUACAACAUUUCGCAACGAAACUUCGCAAUAUUACUGAUUUUGUGAUGCUCUUUCAAGCUGUGAUAAAUUUUUGUCUAGACUUGUCUUGAUCAAAAUUUUGUUCAUUAGGGAAUAGGUCCAUUAAUACCUCACCCGUACAGCAUAACUAUAGUUUACUUUAGGUUUCCUCUUGUAGUAAUUCUGGACCAAUAAGGCGUGACCUUACCGGACGUCCAGGAAGAACAGUUUAGAAGUGAUAGAUUUAUCCACUUAAUAAUACAGUAUGGUCAACGAUUAAAAGACUGCAACAGAUGAAUAGAAAACUUAAUAUGGACGUAAUUAAUUUGUUUAAUUAUAGGUAAUAUUCUGUACAAAGACUUGUUUCUUAGUUUUCCAUACCGCAAUACAAUUGAUAUGGUGGAAUUAUCUGGUACAGACUUGAAGAGUAGCUUGGAAGCCACAAGUUUUCUUCAAAUGCAAGGUGGGAUUACGAUACAGUACUGCGCAGUAACGUUCUAACUUGGAUCUAGAACACGUUAGGAACACUAGAAAAUAACGCAAAUGAAACAUGUUCUUGUGCUGUUGUGUUGUGUUGCGCUGUGUUGUGUUGUGUUUGCGCUCUGUUGCGUUGCGCUGUGUUGUGCUUUGUUGCCUUGUGUUGUGUUGUGCUUUGUUACGUUGUGUUGUGCUACUUUUCUAAGUUACAUAUUCUUUAUCACGCAUAUAAAUUCUCUUUUAAGGUCUGCGUGUAAAAUACUUGAUUGGCAAGCCACGCCGUGUUGAAGAUCUACAGGUCAAGCAAGUCCAUUGUCCAACCAAUAACUGCUAUACACCAAUCAACAUGUCUAAAACUUACAGAGUUGUCUCAGACUCAUAUUUUAUAUCCACCAGUAACCGUAUUAUUGCAAAGAAAGGUAGGAACAGAAUCCGAGGCAAUUCUAUUUACGAUGUACUUUUAGAUUAUUUAGAAGCUAAGUAUCCUGUUAAAAAUGAUGUUAGUAUCGCUGCCAAAUUGAGGCAUAGUUUUGUAGUUUUCUUAUCGGUAAUGGUUGCUCAGAUUAUUAUUUUUUGGCAUUAAUAAUAAAAUAUUACCUAGUGUGUACCAAUGCAAUUUUAUCAAUUCAUAAUUUACAGUAACUCAGUGCGUAUACUAUUAAGCCAGUACUUUACAAGUAUAAUAUAAUGUCAGUGCAAAAUUUUCUGUGUAAUUUUAUUUUUUGGUGUAAGUUUAAUUGAUCAAAAUAAGAACAUACACCAACAUUAGUUUACAAAUACAAAAUAUAUUUCUAGCUAAAAAAGACUGUUGUCUGUGCAGUGUCUUUAAUUGAGAACUCUCGCACAUCGGGCUGUGGUGCUGUGUCGUCAUUUUUCGCUAAAACUUGGACCCCGUUUACAUGGUACCGGACGAAUUUGGAACCGGACUAAAUUCGUCCGUUUCGACCAUGUAAACAUACGAGAACCACGGAACCGGAC